UGUCCCCCUCAAACAGAGAAUACAACAUGUUUCAUUUGUUGUCGUUUACACUAACUUGCAGUGUAAUUUUUGUUCCAGCUCUGGGCAUCUUGCUCAUUCUACAAAUAGCGUCCUCCACUAAGCUGGUCUGCCACAUGACCAACUGGGCCCAGUACAGACCCGGCGCUGCCAAAUUCACCCCGGACAACAUUGACCCGUUCCUGUGCACCCACAUCGUCUACGCUCAGGCCUCCAUCAACAGCUUGAACCAGAUCAGCACCGUGGAGCGGAACGAUGAGCAGCAGUACGGCCGACUCAACGGCCUCAAGAGGGUUAAUCCUGUACUAAAGACUCUGCUUUCUGUGGGAGGAACAGUCAAUGGAUUGAACCCAUUCACUGCUGUGGUUGCCAAAGCUGAGGGACGUGCGACCUUCAUUAAAUCUGCCAUCAGCUUCCUGCGCACACAUAACUUUGACGGGUUGAAUCUGGCCUGGAAUCAUCCUGGACACAACGGGAGCCCGGAGGACGAUAAGCAGAGCUUCACUCUGCUGGUCACGGAGCUGUUCGAGGCUUUCAGGGACGAGGCCAGAGAAAACAGGAGGACUCCACUGCUGCUGUCGGCCAGUGUUGGGUCCCUCAUCCCAACCAUUGACAAAGCCUACGAGGUCGACAAGAUAGUAUCAGCCUUGGACUUCAUCAACGUCAUGAAUUUUGACUUCCACGGAUCCUGGGAGGCAGCGACUGGACACCACAGCCCUUUGUACGCCAGCUCCGAGGACUCCGGCACAAGCAUUCACCACAACAUAAACUCUUCGCUGUCCCACUGGUUGUCUCUGGGGGCUCCGGCUGAGAAGCUGCUGCUCGGUUUCUCCACCUAUGGACGAACCUUUCGUCUAAGCGGCGGUGCUAACGGUCUGGGAGCCCCCGCCAACGGCCCCACAGAGGCUGGAGCCUUCACUCGCACCGAGGGAUUCUGGUCCUAUUACGAGAUCUGUAACUACAUCAACAGUGCGACUGUGGGGUGGAUCUCUGAGCAGGAGGUUCCUUAUGCCACCUACGCCAGCUCCUGGGUGGGAUACGACGACAAACGCAGUUUCUCUUCCAAGGUCCAGUGGUUGACUGCCCACAGUCUGGGGGGGGCUCACGUCUGGACCCUGGACAUGGAUGACUUCGGCGGAUCCUUCUGCUCAGACGGAGCGUUUCCUCUCGUCAACCAUCUCAGGACGUCGCUGGGCUUUGGCCCCAAACCCACCACCGCUCCGGCCGCCCCCCGAGUCAGGGAGGCAGCGUCCACCUUCUGCGUUGGCCGCCCCAACGGUUUAUACGUGAACACUGCUGAUAGAAACACCUUCUUCCAGUGCUCCAAUGGAUACACCUACCUCUUCCACUGCCAGCUCGGCCUCGUCUACUCGGACAUCUGCAAGUGCUGCGACUGGCCUUGAGCUGCAGAAACACAGGAAACACAAAACACCUCAAAUCUGUGUUAUUGUGUUUCAGUCAAAUCAAAAGCAGUGUCCGGUUGCAGUGAUUCCUCCAAGGGGUUUCAACAGGAACAGAAAUUAAAUUAAAAUUGCAUGAUUCACUGGUUUCUUAACCAAAAUAUGCAGAAUAAUCAUUACAUGUCCUAUUGUAUCGUGUGCCUCGUGUUUGUUUUACAGAAGUGGAGGUUUACUUUACAUUUAUACAUGGUUAAAUCGUUUUUCUACUGUGAUUUACUGUUUUCAGUAUUAAACUGAAGGAAAACUGGA